GCCUGAGGCCUGAUUUCUCUUUCGAGGCUGAGCUAGCAAGGAUGGCUUCUGGUCCGAUUCACCUUCUGGCUUCCCUGUUGUUCGAAUCCCCUGCCAGAGGUUUUAGCUCCAAAAAGGACAAGCCGCCAUCUCACUGUGUUCUCUAAUCCAUCAGGUGUAUAUUUGCCCUUCUCCAUGGUUUCACUUCUUGGGAGCUGCCUUAGAACUACCCGUGUCUUUCUUGACCCAUCAUUUUCUUGUGCCCUUUACUUUGUUCACUGUGGUCAUAGCUUUCAUGCUCUUUCUUCUGUCUUUGUUUCUUCCCUAGUUGAAACUUUUGAAACUCCCCAUUUUGCCAAGCGUAAACUUGAUUGUCAAGAACAAUGUCUGAACUCGACAAGACAAUCUGACAUAGGGAUUCUUGUAGAGAAAGUUCGAGUUGGGAAUAGUCAUGAUGAGAUUCUUCAAUCUCUUGCGCAUGAUCAAACGUGUAAUAGUAUACAUCUUUCUCAUGACCUUGUUAACAGAUUGUUGUUCCAUUUUAAGGAUGAUUGGAAAUCUGCAUUGGGUGUCUUUAGAUGGGCAGAGUUGCGUGGCUAUAAGCAUAAGUCAGAAGCUUAUGAUACAUUGGUGGACAUUCUGGGGAAAAUGAAACAAAUGGAUCAGAUGGAGGCAUUGUUAGAGGAAAUGAAGAAAGGUCAGCUUGUUACACUUAAGACAGUGGGUAAGGCUAUGAGAAGGUUUUCUGGGGCAGGGCAAUGGGAAAAUGCUGUAAGGGUAUUUGACAAGUUAGGAACUUUUGGGUUGGAGAAGAAUACAGAGUCUAUGAACUUGUUACUGGACACCCUUUGCAAAGAACGCAAGGUGGAGCAAGCCCGUGAGAUCUUCUUGGAGCUCAAAUCACACAUUUCUCCAAACGCUAACACAUUUAACAUUUUUAUUCAUGGUUGGUGCAAAGUCUGUCGGGUUGAUGAAGCAUACUGGACAAUCCAGGAAAUGAGAGGACAUGGUUUUCUCCCUUGUGUCAUAAGCUAUUCCACCAUCAUCCAAUUCUACUGCUGUAGAUGUGACUUUUGCAAGGUCUAUGAGCUCCUUGAUGAAAUGGAAGCCGCCCUGGGAUCCACACCUAAUGUUGUUACUUACACCUCUGUGAUGAGUGCGCUAGCAAAGUCAGAGAAAUAUGAAGAGGCUUUAGAAAUAGCCCAGAGGAUGAGGUUAGUUGGAUGUAAACCUGAUGCGCUGUUUUACAAUUCUCUGAUCCAUUCACUAGGGAGAGCUGGCAGACCACAGGAAGCUGUUCAUGUUUUUGAGGAAGAGAUGCCAAGUACUGGCAUUCCCCCAAAUACAUCUACAUACAAUUCCAUGAUUGCCAUGUUAUGCCAUCAAGCUCAAGAACUAAAGGCAUUGAAUCUGCUUAACGAAAUGGAAACUUCGAUGAUUUGUAAGCCCGAUGUUCAAACUUACUACCCAUUGCUUAAGUCAUGCUUUAGAACUGGUAAGAUAGAUAGUUUGUUGCGUCAAUUAUUGGAUGACAUGGUUAAAAAGCAUCAUCUCAGUCUUGACAAAUCAGCCUACACGCUUUUAAUUCAUGGACUUUGUAGAGCAAACAAAUGUGAUUGGGCUUACUGCCUGUUUGAGGAAAUGAUUGGUAAAGAUAUAAUGCCUAGAUAUCGGACAUGUUGUUUGCUCUUGGAAGAAGUCAAGUUAAAGCAUUUAUAUGAUGCUGCUAAGAAAAUUGAGAUUGUCAUGCAGAAACUAUAAACAUAAGAGGCAAGGAUGUGCAGGUUUUUUUUUUUUUUUCCUUUUCUUUAUUAUUGUUUUAUACUGUUCUCAAUUUUUUUUCUAAGACGCUGGCUAAGGAAGGGGUUUGAGAAGGAUAGACUUCUGGUAAAAUGACUCGUCUCUGGCCAAGCAAUAUGUGUUUUUGAGCUUGUAUUUUCUCAAAUUUUAUUUUUUGUUGCAUAGUUUUAGAAAUUCAUGUAAUCUGUUGAUUCUGUUCUGCAAUUAUUCCCAGAAAUAAUAGAAGAAGCAAAUUUUCGGA